UGAAAAGAAAACAAAACUGAGGGACGACCAAAUCAUUCUUCUUCUUCUCGCUCUCUAAUUCUUCCGACCGAACAAGCAAAGCUUCUUCGAUCAUCCUCGUACAGUCUUCGUUUCUUCAAAUAAUGUCUGGAGAUGAUGAUGAUGAACCUUCUUAUGGCUCUGGAGACGAAGUAAACAUCACUGAUGGACACAGGAAGCGUAUCCCUGCAGCAGCAGCAGCAACACCUUCUUCUGCUGCCUCUGGACUAACUCGCAAGAGAAGUCGCAAGGCAUGUGGCGAUGCCAUAGUCGAAGCCAUGCUUGAAAUCGCAGCAGCGUCCAAAAUGAGAGCGGCGGCUUUGGCUAACAACGGAGACAGAUUCUCGAUCAGCAAAUGCAUCAGAGCGCUUGAUGACUUGCAAGGUGUUGAUCAGCAAACCUACUUUGUUGCCUUGGGUUUGUUUGAGAACCCGAGUUCGCGAGAGAUUUUCAUCUCAUUGAAGUAUGAGAAACGGUUGAAGUGGCUACAGGGGAAAUGUAGAGCUUUGUAGUUAUAUAGUUUUGGCUGAUCUUUUUUUAGACUGCAUGUUCUUGGUACUUGUGAUGAAAUGAUAACACUGAUCUUCUUCAUUUGCUUAUAUAUGAAGAUGUAUCACUGGUAGACUAUCUCUAAUUAAAUGUGUCUUUUGUUCAAAAUGGAGUAAUUUGAGGGGCUUGGGUCAUCAUACCCAGCUGUAUAAAUUGUAUUUUCUGAAAGUUUUA